GGCAGGCAGUGGUUUUUAGUCCAUCGUAGUGAGGCUAUCAAGCUCUCUGUGCUGGGUCACCUUUGUUGUAUUAACCUUUUCACCUUUCUAGUGUAUGUAUCUGUCAACAGUGUUUUAAUAGAAAUCUUAAGAAACUAGAACAGUCUUUAAAAAAUCUGAUACAUCAGUUACUGUAGUCUUCUCUAGAAAUUUUCCAAGUUUUGUAGAAGAUCUAUAAUUACACGGAUCUGUGGCUGGCAUCUUCAGAUGAUCUGAUGGUAGUCAAGCAAGUGGAGUUUAUAUAUCUGUAGAAUGUCCAGGGUGGGAGAAAGGACCAAUGUCUGUUAACCCGGUGUGAAGGCUGCAAUUAGCAAACUAGAUUUUUUGUGUGUGUUGAGUUGGAUCCACCCAUUAACAUGUGAGUAAGGCAUCUGUCUAGAAGUAUCCUGGCCUUUGUUCCCUUUGAAUUGUUUACUGCCUAGAGACAUCCUUUAUCUAGGUUAUGUUCACGUAUCCAUGAUUGCUUGCUGCCUGGAGCCAUCUUAUGUCUGUGUGGUGGUCUUUAGUAACUGUCUUGAUUCUGGUGUUUUUCAAUACCGAUAGUCAAAAUUGGUUCAUUUUCAUGGUUUCUUCCUUUCUGCUGAAAUGGUCUGUUUGCUUUUGAAUUUCAAUGGCUUCUCUGUGUAGUUGGACAUAGUGGUUGUCAAAGUGGUCCAGAAUUUCUGUGUUCUCAAAUAAUAUUCUGUGCCCAGCUUGGUUUAUCAUGGGUUCUGCUACUGCUGAUUUUUCCGGUUGAAUCAGUCUGCAGUGCCCUUUGUGUUCUUUGAUUUAUGUUUAGGCCACUACUGCAUUGGGUGGUAUUUCACAAUAUGCUUUGUAUGUGAAAAGCUAUCAGCGUAAUCUUUGGCUGAAUGGGAAACCUCAGGCUCUGUGGUGAAAUCUGGCUCACCUGGGAUCUCUCAGAAAGUUAUGCCAUCUUUGUCGAGGUACCACUGAAACUUGGAAUCAUAGAGUUGGGAGGAACCACAAGGGCCACCCAGUUCAACCCCCUGCCAUGCAGGAAUACACAAUUAGUUAGUAUUUUCCCAGAUUUCGUACUUUUCCCUCAUUGUACACAUCUAAAAUGCAUCUCUAAAGGCUUUGAUACUGACUGGAAGAGCUUUAAGAUAAAAAUAUGCUGACAUUUUUGGUCCCAGCCUUUUGCUUCCCUGUGGACAUCAGGCUGAAAGUUUUGACUUUUUUAUUUUAAAGAAGCUUUGGUAACAAAGAGGAAAAAGAUGUCUGCUUACUUGGAACAGACAGAACAAGGUUAGGUGGGUUAGGUGGUUUAGUCCAGGGCUUCUUAAACCUUUUCCACCUGUGACCCCUUUCUCCCGAGAAAGAUAUAUGUUUAUAUAAGAUAGGUAUAAAAAAAAACUACUGAUAAUAAAUGGGCAUUUCCAAGAUUUGCUAAACAGGCUGAUUUCCUUUUUUUAUGAAGUACAGCUAAAGUAUUUUCUCCAGAGCCCAUUGUAAAUACUGCAUGUAAAUUUACAACUGUGAUUUUACAAAACAGUGGGGCAAGAUAUAAUGUGCUAAAAUAACCAUCAUCAUCAUUACCAGACUGCGGUGUAGUUGUUUAUUGUUUACUUGGUUGAGAGGAUAAUGAUGUGUAUUUCUGUAAUAAUGUAAUUUCUGUUUUUUAGCCAUUUUUUUGCUAAUCUGAGUUCCACUUGUGGGAGAAAUGCCAGAUGAUGAUAAUAACAACAAUAAUAAUAAUAACAACAACAAUUACAGUGAAAGCAAUAACAAAGUAAUAAAUGAAAAUAUAGAAAAUUGAAUAUAAUGCAAUUAAUAUAUCAAACAGAGAAGAAAAUAUGUAAGAUUUUAUUAAAGGAAUGUAUGGUCUCCUAACAAAUCCUUUAACAAUGUAGAGAUACAUGAGGAAAUAUGGGAUAAUAAAAACAGAGUUCAAUAGAAAAUGAAAAAUAUGCAUAUCUACCCAGAUUGAAGUAUUCAGAAUCACCUUAUGCAAAACCUGGAGUUAGGGAUAUAUAAUGAAGUGCCAAGUUUGAAAUCAGUUAAUUGAUUUAAAGUGAUGAGAACAAAAAAAAUUGUAAAGUGUUACAAAAGAUUUCUCUACAUUGGAAAAACUGGCUUUAAAAUGAAAAGAAAUGUAAAGAUGGCCAUAGUGAGGCAAAAAUACCACCUUCACAUAUCUGGUUAUAUAACAGGCAACAAUGUCUGCCUUUCUGUCAUACAAAUGCUGUUGCUAGGUGACAAUCCAGUGAUCCUUUGUGAUGUCACUAGAUAGGCAUUUGCUAAGUGAAGGAUUGGCUGUUGCUAGGCAAAGUUGUCCUCUGAUGUCACUAGAAAAGGUGACGUGUAUGAGGGGAAGGGAAGAAGGAAGGAAGGAGAGAGCCACAAAGGGAACCAUGUUGUAAUAGAAACAUUUGUUAGAUAGAAAUGGCACAGCAUUUCUAGUCAUAGAGAAAAUACUGUUUGAUGAACGUGUGAGAUAUUGUUAGCACCUGGGUAAUGACAGUGAAUGUCAUGAUGGGGUUGUGGUAAUGGCUGAGUCAUAACCAUAUGAGGUAUAUUGCAAAAGGGUUGCAUCAGCCAGUGUCCUUAACUGAUGACCUAUCAGCAGGUGGCUAUAUAAGGAGGAUUAAAGAAUCCAUCUUUCUCUCUCCUGUGUGACUCAGUCAUGAGUAUCUACCUAUUCUGUAUAUGACUAUUUGAUUACUCUGAUUGUUUGCAAAGACAGGUCUCAAUGAGGAUCUGUGUAUCCUAAUUGUAAAUUUGUAUGUAUUGCAACCGUGGAGACUAAAGCCUCCAGAUAUUUUGGGUGAACACCUAGAUCCAUGAGUUUAUUAAACAGUGUGUAGAUAAGGUCAGAUGCUGGCAGUUGGACUCUGCUAAUAGACAGGCUGAAGCAUGUUUUUGCUAUAAAAACUACUGUAUUUUUGCUUGCUUCUGGGACACUUGCUAUCCAUCUUGCAACAGUUCAGGGAGGUCAUGAUUUAGAAACUAUAAAUUAUUUCAGCAUCCCACCACAACAUUAUGAGAUCCACUCAGAGUUAGAGGAGGGAGAACGGCAGGGAAAGGAAAGGAAGGAAUGGUAAAAGGAAGGGAAAAGAGAAGGAAGGGGGGCGGAGGAAGGAAGUGGGAAAAAGUAUGGGGGAGAAGAAAAAGAAGGGCAGGGCUUUAGCACAGCUGCCUAAUUACCAGCAGCAGUAGAUCUCUACUGACCGAAAGGUUGGCAGUUUGAAGCCUGGGUUGGGGUGAGCAUCCAACCUUCAGCCCAGCUCACUGUCCACCUAAGCAGUUUGAAAACAGCUGUGCGUAGAGAAACCAGGCAUCGCUUAAGCGGGGAGGUAUUUUACAGCACCAUAAAAAAGGAAAUACCAGAAAUGCUGCGAUCAAAGAACAUGAGGAAAAGUUUGUGAUCAAGGGCGUGUCAUCAUAGCAGAUGGAGUGACAGCGCCCCCUGUGGCAGGAAUUGAACACAACCUCCAGGAUUCCGAAGUUGGAAAUAGUUGUCUGUCCUGUAUGUCUAACGGCAUUGAAUGCUUGCCAUGUAUUUUUUCUGUGAUGUGCCCUGAGUCCCCUUCGGGGUGAGAAGGGCAAAAUAUAAAUGCUAUAAAUAGUAAUAAAACAAUACAGGAAUGAGACACUUGGGCAACGCCAGGUAGAUACGCUAGUACUCUAAUAUGAUAUGAUCUGGCAGUAGCUGACCAAGAGAUCUGCGGGAUUAUAGUUGUUACCUCUGGAUAACUCUCAACCCAAUGUGUGGCUGCUGUAAAAAAGACAAAUUCCAAGAUGGAACACAGCAUAAUGCUAUUAUUGCAUAUGAAUCCAUGCUCUGGCCACCAUUGGAAUACUGUGUACAAUUGUGGUCAUCACAUUUAAAAAGAAAGAUUGAAAACAUGCUAAACAGGGUGACCAAAAUGGCCAAAGGCUAGGAGAAAACUGCCUAUGAGCACAGUUUGUAAUGUUUUGAACCAUUUAUCUUAGAAAAUGGCAAGUAAGGGGAGGUGUCAUAGAAAUGUAAUAGAAAUAGCUAUAAUAGAAAUAGAGGGAGAAACAAAUAUGUCAAGAGGAAGGCUCAUAAAGCAAACCCUUGUCGGGACCGCCUUCUAUCUGGAAAUUUAUGUCCUCACUGCAAAAGACCAUGCAGAUGCAGAAUAGGUCUCUGCAGUCAUUUGGGAACCCACCGCCAAGUCUACACUUGGAAGACAAUCAUAUUCAGCCACAGGUGAUAGCCCAUGAUGAAAUGAAUGGAAAUUUAUAAAAUUCCAGUUAAUCUACCCAAGGUCAUGUAUCAAAAUUGAAUGAUGGGAAAUUAUGAUUUUGCCAGUGUGGAUAAUUGUAAAAUGGAACUGGGAAGUUAAUGAAGGAUGGGGCUCCUAGAUAGGAUGGGUGUGUACAGUAGGUGCUUGAUAUCCAUAGGGGAUUGAUUCUGGGACCCCUCGCAGAUGCCAGCAAAUGUGAAUGCUGUGGUUCCUAUUAAAAAUAGAACAGUGACAGAGGUAGAAUGCAAUUGGAUUUAUGUUCUACUAGGACACAUUCCAUAGACAAUGGGUUGGCCACCACAUGAACAGAAUGUUUUUCCAUUCUGCUCUAGUAUCCUUUAUUCUUAAAUUGGACAAAAGGUUUUUUGUUAUUGUGUCAGAAGUGACAAUGGCCGGGCUUUGGAGGUGCCACGACCCCCCUGUUCUUGUUUCUUCUUUCUCAUUCCCUUCUUCCUUUUUAUUUCCUCCCCUUCCCUUCUCCAGCUUUGAGAGGUGCUUAUAAUGUCUCCAUGGUUCCUUCCUUCCUCCUUUCCCCUCUUAGAUAUGUCACCUUUCUUUCCCAGUGACAUCACAGACAACCACUUUGCCUAGUAACAGCCAGUUUUUCACUUAGCAGCAAUCAAUUCAGUGACAUCACAAAGGGCCACUGGACUGUCACCUAAUAAGAGCCUUUGUGGUACAGACAGACUUGCAUACUUUGACUUUUAGAUAGAUAGAUAGUGUCUUCUGAUUCCCACCAGUGACCUGAAAGCACAUAUGCAUGCGUUGAAUAGCAUGGGCGAUAAAAUAGAGCCUUUGGGGAUUCCACGGGCUAAUGGCAGAAUUCAACAUGUUCCAGAUUCCUGUACAGAAUCUUGAUUGUAUAAGAAAGGCUCGAAAGAAAGUGAAGCGGAUUCUUGUGGAUAUUGGACUUGAUAGCUGUCGGGAGUUAAUUCACACACUGAAACGUUUUGAUCCAGGAGAAAAAUAUUUCUACAACACUUCAUGGAGUGAUGUGUCUCAUUUGGAGCCUGUGACUAAAAGACGAAGAUACAGAACAAAUCCAUUUUGCUGUAGCCUGUGCAAGUUUUCAUCAAAAUAUCUUUGUUCUUUCAAAAAUCACUUGAAUCGUUGCCAUGAAGAUGAAAGGGACCAAGAAGUACUUGUCUCUUGUCCAGAAUGUUCAUUUGCUUCUCAUUCCAAAAAAGUGGGAAAACAUCUCCGGAUGUUUCAUUCCAAGAAAAAAAUACAAAACUAUAGCGUGAGUGGUGGCAUGAGACAGUUCCGAAAUGAUGCAGUAAACUUUGUAUGUCAGAAAUGCCAGUUUACAGACACACUGUAUUACAAUACAAAGAAACAUGUGUUCGUAACCCACUUCCAGAACGUAUUGAGCACAUAUUUUGAAGAGAGGACUGAUGAAAGUGAAGAGAAUUAUAUUGAUCACUACUGUAAACAGUGCAAUGCUUUUGCAAACAGUCGAGAUUCUUUAAUAUAUCAUAUUUUGACAUCAGAAGUCCACAGAGACCUGGAAAACCUACUGCGGCCUAACAUUUUGGUACAGCCAAAGAAAUUAAGUCAUGCAAAGUCACUGCAGAUGAUCAAUAUUGCUCCUAAACCUUCCACAGCCAAGGCCGCUUCACCUGGCUCAGCAGGGCCAUGUGCUUCCACAUCAUGUGUUCCGCUUUCACUCCCACCACUCCAUCAGAAUCCAAAUAUGAUGUCAACAAAAGGAAUUCAAAACACAGUUGGACCACUGAGUGUUUCAAGUGCCUCUUGUAAUCUUCCCCAUAAUUCACCUUUAACUUCAGUUGCUCAAUCACGUCUUGCACUUAUGUCUGGAUCCCACCCAGGAGAUCCAAAUCAUACAUCUGCAGUUUCCCAACAAGUUUUUGUUUCCCAUCGGUUCCCCCUAAAACAGCCUGCAAGGCCGGGAGUUUUCUGUCUCAACCAGUCUGCAGGGGCGAUAGGUAGAGCAGUUCCUCCGGGGCUCAUUUCAUAUCCUCAUUCUGUCCGGCCUAGUCUACUUUCUGUUAAUCAGUCAGUGCGGACAAUUCGCAAUCCCAUGGGUACUCAGCCAGCUGGAUCUCUGAACAGAACCACUAUGCCCAUAAAUGGGCCUUCUUCACCAGGGAUCCUUGCUGUAAAUCGGCCUGUUGGUAGUUUGAACAAGUCCAGUGCUGCAGGGGUUCUUCCAGUGACCCAGACAGUUUCGCCAGGUGUUCUUCAGUUUAAUCAUCCUGGCACACCAGGUGUUCUUCCAGUAAACCAACCAGUUAGACCUGGGAUUCUGCAGUUUAACCAGCCUAUAGCACCAGGAGUUCUUCCUAUGAACCAGCCAAACAGACCAGGAGUUUCUCAGAAUCCUUUACUCACUGGAGGACCAUUACUUAGACAGUUAAUUCCAACUGGAAAGCAAGUUAAUGGGAUCCCCACGUACACCCUUGCGUCUGUUUCAGUGGCUUUGCCUGGUCCACCUAGUAGUGGGGCUACAACUGUUUCACCACCUCAGAUGCCAGCUCAUCUGAUGCCAUCUACCCCAGCUUCUCAGGCUCCAGCUACUGUGCCGUCUUCUGCUAUAACAACUCCUUCCACUGAUGUCUCCGCCAAGAUGAAGCUGUCUCCUACUGCCAUUAGCCUAGCCCUCAAACAGGCUAAGCAAUGGAAAACAUGCCCAGUUUGCAGUGAGCUUUUUCCGUCAAAUGUCUAUCAGGUGCACAUGCAAGUAGCUCACAAAUUCAGUGCAGCAAAGGUUGCCUGUGAAAUAGACAAAGUUGCAGCUUAUGCACCUUUUUUGAGGUGGCUUAAAGAUAAGACUGUCCGAUGUUUUUCUUGUAAAUGUUUUUUAUCUGAAUCAGAGCUUAUAAAACAUAUUUUUACACAUGGCCUAACUUGCUUGUUCUGUACACAUAUUUUCCAUGACUUAAAAUGCCUUGUGGACCACACUAGAGCUGUACAUAAAGGAAAGAAGAAACUACAUGCCAAUUAUGAUGACAAAGGAUUUCAACUUGAGAGUGAUUCUGAAGGUGACCUUUUGUUUCCCCAUUUUGACUUCAGUAUAACUGCAAAAGAAGAACUUUGUGAAAGAGAAGUGUACCUAGCACUCCUAGCUGGGGUAAAUUCAAGGACCCUUAUUCCUCUAUACAUCAAACUACAACAUGAGGGGGCUGAAAUGGACAAGGACAAUAAGGUGGUGUCAACUUGCCCCUUUUGUUAUAGUACUUUUACUAGUACAACUGCCUAUGAGAUCCAUUUGAAGGAUAGGCACCACAUCAUGCCAACUGUACAUACUAUAUUGAACUCUCCUGGUUUCAAGUGCAUCCACUGCUGUGGUGUAUACACUGGCAACAUGACUCUAACUGCUAUUGCUGUGCAUUUACUCCGUUGCCGAAGUGCCCCAAAAGAUAGUACAUCAGCCGUGAAGCUGCCGCUUGAACUCAGUGUCAAAAAAGAGCCUCUGCCUGUGAAUGGUGAGAAGCAUGAAGCAUCUUCUUCAGCCAAAAGGAAACAAUCUGACCAUCUUUACGCUGCUGCAGGAAAUCAAAGGAGUGAUAGCCAGCCAUUCCUGAUUGUAAAUAGUGAUAUGGCCCAAUUUCCAAUAAAGGACAUGAAUUUUAUGCCUUUGAAAAGACAAAAGACAGAUCAUAAGGCUGAAACUAAAGGACAGUUUUCACUUGAGGAUCUCCAUAUAUUGGCGUUAAAUCCAAAGCCAUUCCAACAUAGCUCAAAUGAAGCUCAAAAACGAUUUCUUGCAGAUUAUUUUCACAAGAAUCCAUAUCCCACUAAGAAGGAGUUGGAAUUACUAUCGUCUAUAUUCUGCGCAUGGAAAGUUGAUAUUGCAUCAUUUUUUGGAAGAAAGAGACACACCUGCCUAAGGGCAAUAAAACAUCAUCAGCCAUCUGUGCUUCUGGGCUUUAAUAUGUCUGAACUUAAAAAUGUAAAGCACAGUUUGAAUUUGAAACAUGUAUCAGAAGAUGUGCAACUAUAAAAAACAAUCUUAUGGUCUGCAAGAAAUAUUACUUAUUACUUCAGCAAUUCUCUCAAUUUAGUUUCUUGUGACAUUAAGAUAUUAGUAAAUGAUGGCCACAUUUGCGCAAAACUAUAAAACAGAAUUGCAGGGAAUUCUGGCUUAUUGUUCCUGAGCAGUAUACUAGUGCAUGGUGUGCGGUCUUUUGGAUGUAGUAACCAGGAACUCUCGGGGAAGGAAAAUGCUAGCCUUAUCCCUGACCUUUGGCUUGUUUCCCUCCAGACAGACUAGAAAUACUAGGGUUUUUUUUUUUUUUGGUUUUUUUUAAAGUAGACGCUGGCAUGUUGGGGAAUAGCCUUACUCAAACAUUAGGAAUGAAGUUGAAAGCAAGCAGGAGGAUAAGAGUUGCAUUUCAAGAUUCCCGAUCACGUGGAAAGGCAUUCCAUUUCAAAUGGGUUGCUUGUUCAUUCAAGAGUGAUGAAAAUAGGAUGGAGGGGCUGGGACUCAUGUACAAAGAGUUGUAGUUGAGGUGCCAUACUAAAAAUAUUUGUGGCAAGUUUCUGUUUUCUAUAGCUGCUCCUAUUUUGAAAGGAAGCACAAUAGACAGGACCAGGAAACAUGCACCAAGCACACUGCUCUUGAAAGUUAAUGUAAUACAAAAGCUGUCAAUGCUUCAUUUAAGUUUGAACAAUUGUUCAUUGUGGCAGUGGGGUAAGGUAUAGUAUAAUUGAGGCUGUCUCUUUAAGUUUGUUGUGCAGUUUAUUCGACCCAUGUUUUUUUAAAUAAAAUAUAGUAGUGGAAGACAUCCAGGUAUUUUUAACGUACCAGUUGUAUUUACAAAUGCAAGUUUUGGUCAAAGCUCAAACCUGGUAAGACAGUUAUAAUAAAAAUCCUACUCUUUUAA